AUGAUUCAGACUACUUUUAGUUCGAGAACUAGGACAGAUUUAAUUCAAAGACUCGUUAAAAUCGACAUAACCCUAAACCCAACCGAGAACUAUCCAGAAACUCUAUAAAUCAGCAAUAGUCAUUUGAAUCUCUUCAACUUAGCACUUAAUAAGUAGCAACAUCAAGAUAGGGGUAAAGUAAUUCAAGGAAUUCACCUCCCAAACUAAAAAAGUCAAGUUCUGUUUAAUCCAAACCAAAGAGAUAAGAUUUCAGUGAAAGGUAGCUUCAAGACAUGUUUGAGUAUAAACACACUAAAUUGCUUGCAGCAAAGUACAAACAAUAAUAGAAUAAUAUCUCACUAAAAUAUUCCCUCUAGUGUUUCAAACAACCUUCAAUAUCAAUCAGUGAGAGAAAUCUUAUUCCAACAUAGCUAGAAAAGAUCAAAGGAGAGAUAAGUUGUUAACUAGGACUCGAAAUUGAAGUAAAAGUACUUUAAAAUGUUCAAACAAUAUGUGAAACUCAAAUUAAAGGUCAGAAUCUUCUUAAGCGAUGAAAUAGAGAACCUUAAUCGUGAAUUUGACAAACUACUAGUUUAAAACAAAUACUUAUUGAAUGAAAAUCAGAAGUAUAAAAAGUACUGUGAAACUAGCUUACUAGAGACUCAUGUCAAUACAAAAAGGACUUUUUAACUUGGAUAAACAUUGAUGAAAAUCUAUGAAAAUAAUAAGAAAACUAAUCAAUCAGAUUUCUUGAAAGAAUUCAAAAUUAUUAAAAAGAGAGAAUAAGCUAUCCUAAGCUUGAUUAAGCUAAAGACAAAUACUUCUAAAUUAAAGGCCUUUCUGAAAUGGAGAGGACUUCUAAAUGAGCUUAAGAGGCCUAGAUCAAAUUUAACUACUAUAUCACAAAUUACAAUGAAACCCCCAAAACAUUAAAAUAACUAAACUCCGAAUGAUUUAAGCACAUGCCCAAACUCUAUGAUAAAGACUUAACAGUCAUCUGGAUUCAUCAGUAAAUCACAGUCUUAGAAACGAUUUGACAAUGGUUCUAAUGAGAACACAUAAUUUGUCCAGGACAUGUCAGCUUUGCACAUGUUCCCUUAGAGACUAUCAUUGAAUUCAAGAUAGGACUCACAAAAAAGAAGAUCUGUGUCUUCAAAGAGGGAUAAAUCCUAAAAUUCUGAUAAAAGCUGUUGUGUUAUCACAACUAAGCAAUAAAACAGAUGCCAUAGUCGAUAGUCUAUGAUGAGCGAUGAUAAAAAUCCUGGCACCAGGGACACCUCUCAGAAUUAAAAUCAGAAAGAUCAACCUAAGCGCUUUUUUGAUUAAAAAAUGCUUUAAAAGCUUCAAAGAAUACAGUAACUAGAUAAAGAAACAUCAAAAGAUAGGAAAUCAGUCCCAUAGUAAACAACUGAAUAGUUGUUUAAACCUGCGAAAACACUAAAUAUUCUUGAGAAGCAUAAGUAUUAGUAGAGUAGUCACAAAGAAAUGAGACAGUCAAUCAAGUUUGAAAGAUCUAUUAGCAAUUUAAAGGGUGCAUCCAGUAACAAUGUCUCAAGUUCAUAACUAAGUAUCUAGGGUAUUUUACAAAAGCUUGGUAAUUAACCCUAGAGCAAUAUUUCGUCAAGCAGGCAUGGUGAGACUCACUAAAGCAAUAAUAAGACUUUUGAACCCACAGAAAUGGAUUUAUCCUCAACCAAUUUGAUAAUUAGUAGUCAAAUGAAUCAUUUGCAGAACUUUAGCAUAUCUGAGUAUAAUAUGGAGAGCAUGAUAUGCUAAAUGAAAAAUGUAAUAAAUAAUUAAAAGGCAGAAUUUUAAAAGCCUAAAGCAAAAGACUUGAAAGAGCGGUUAAAGGAAUCUAUAUUCACUCCAUAAUAUAAUCACUGCAAUAGAGUACUCUCAGCCAAAUAAGUUGGAGCUAAUAAAGUUGAAGACUAUGAACUUAAGAGAGCAAUCAUUGACAAAGAAAACAUCAAUACUAAUAAUAUUGGGGACUUCCAAUAAUAGCAAUAAAGUUCCAAUUAGGAGUUUAAAGAGGUAGGAAUCGUUUUAAUCAAUUACAUCCUCUGA